CCCUGCAAGAUGGCUGCUGGGUGUCGGAGUGUGAAGGUAGACCAGCGUUCGUUCCUGCAGCUUCCCUGGCUGGGACGUCGCGGCCGUGCCACUCAGGGGAAAAAAGCGGCGCUGGGAGGAAGGGGCUUGGUAGCGCUGAUAACCGGAGGAGCCUCGGGCCUAGGUCUGGCCACAGCGGAGCGACUGGUGAGGCAGGGGGCGGCUGCUGUGCUUCUGGACCUGCCCAGCUCGGAUGGGGAGGCCCAGGCCAAGAAGUUAGGGAGCAGCUGCACCUUCGCCCCCGCCGACGUGACCUCAGAGAAGGACGUGCAAGCAGCCCUGACUCGAGCAAAAGAAAAGUUUGGCCGUGUGGAUGUGGCAGUCAACUGUGCAGGCAUUGCAGUGGCCAACAAGACGUACAAUCUAAAGAAGAGGAUGGCUCAUUCCUUGGAGGACUUCCAGCAAGUUCUCAGUGUGAAUCUUACAGGGACGUUCAAUGUGAUUCGCCUGGUGGCUGGCGAGAUGGGCCAGAAUGAACCAGACCAGGGAGGCCAACGUGGGGUCAUCAUCAACACUGCCAGUGUGGCUGCCUUUGAGGGUCAGGUUGGACAAGCUGCAUACUCUGCUUCUAAAGGGGGCAUAGUGGGCAUGACACUACCCAUUGCUCGAGAUCUGGCUCCCAUGGGUAUCCGGGUGAUGACCAUUGCUCCAGGCCUGUUUGGCACCCCACUGCUGACCAGCCUCCCAGACAAGGUGCGUAAUGUCUUGACGAGCCAGGUGCCCUUCCCCAGCCGACUGGGUGACCCUGCUGAGUAUGCUCAUCUGGUACAGGCCAUCAUUGAGAACCCAUUCCUCAAUGGAGAGGUCAUUCGGCUGGAUGGGGCCAUCCGCAUGCAGCCCUGAAGGGAGAGGCCAGAGAUGGGGAAUGGGGAAUUAAUGCAUAAUUGUUGUGAGGUUACUUUUGUGGUGAUUGGAAAGUUCUGGUAAUGAAUGAUGGUGAGAGUAGUGUAACAUUGUGAAUGUGCUUAAUCCCACUGAAUGGUAUGCUUGGAUGUGCUUGAAUUUGGAAAGUUUAUGUUGUAGAUAUGUUUCCACAAUGU